UACACCCAACAGAUUAUACAAAGCAAGAAGGGUCAACAAAAGCUCGGUGUUUGACACAAUCGGCAUUCCCGCUAUUGAACUAAGUUCAAAGGUUGAUUCUCUAUCAUGGCGGCCACAACCGAAGGCAAAGUCAAUUUAAAGCUCCUAGUUAACGUGAAAUGCCAAAGGGUUUUAUUUGCCGAAGCAAACAAAGACUUCAUUGAUUUCCUUUUCAACAUAAUGGCAUUGCCAAUUGGCACUAUCGUAAGGCUUCUUAACAAAGAAGGCAUGGUGGGUUCACUUAGUAAGCUUUAUAAAAGCAUUGAAGAGUUAAGCCAUGUGUAUAUGCAACAGCCAUUUCAAACCAAGGAAGCAUUGUUGAACCCCGAAGUUUUAGCCCACUCUGGUGUAGCCAACUUACCUCGGUUAUUACCUGAUAUUGAGUCGUCAAAUAAUUCAAUAGACAAAGGCUUUUACAGGUGUCAAUGAUAUUAGACCUGGCUUUGGCCCUUCUCCCUGUCCCUCUUACAUUGCAGAGGAUCCUGAGGCUGUUUGUCCUAACUGUCGUUCUAAGAUGAGUCACCAGGCAAAACUUGUUAAGUCAAACCAGAAAACAUAUUCUAAUUCCUUGUCCUCAUCAUCAAGUUCAUCAAAUGAAGAAGGUGAGCGAGGGUAUGUGAAAGGGGUGGUUACAUAUAUGGUUAUAGAUGAUCUUAUGGAGAAGCCAAUGUCAACUAUUUCUAGUUUAGCUUUGCUUAAUAGUUUUAAUGUCAAAGAUAUUGAGGCACUCCAAGAGAAAACUAUCAAAAUCGGCAUGGAUGAGGCUGUGAAAUUGUUGAAGGCAUUGUUGCUGUCGAAGACUGUGCUUACUGAGAUAUUCUACGGAGAGAAGGCACAUUAUGUGUAAUGUUGUUAGCUUGUAUGAGUAAUUUGUAUGAGAUGUGAAAUGGGGUCUUUCUAUAUUAUAAUUUACUUGUUUUGUUUCUAAUUAUUUUGAAAUUUGAAUAAUUUAAAUAUUAAUAUUCGAAUUCAGAGUUA